AUGGAAAUUGAGAACAUAGGGUCGGAGCAUCUGCAAGAGGUGAGGAUUCAAUACUUGGAGGAGAAUAACAGGGUUACGGUGCCGCAUGGAUCUCCCCCUCUCCAGUCAGAGGCUCUCCUCCCGAGGGAUCAAGAUCCAUGGUCAAAACCAACCUCUCUGAUUCGAUCCCUAGAAAUAGAACCAUUGGAGGUGGAGGAUCGGGUUCCUGCGUCUCAAAGGUUGGGCCCUAAAGGGAAUAAAAGAGGAGGCAAAACAGGCCCAUCAAGCGCAAAACGAAAAUCAGGCCCACCAAAAACCACAAACAAGAAAAAGAAUCCCAAGGCUCCUGCAAGAAACAGAGUUGCUCAAAGUCCUCUUCAGGGAGUUAGCUUGAGGAAACGUAACAUAACAAGAGGACGUAAUUCCCCCAGGAAACGGCUUUGCCUUGGUACUGAGGUUGCUCUACCUCUCCAUGAGGGUCUGUCAAAUCCUGAUCAAGACUCGGCCCCUGCAAUAGUGAUGAUCCCGGCUAUAACGUGCAAAACUCCACAUCUUACAUCUCUUUUAUCUAUGGGGCUCCUUAAAAAAGGGGUCUUCUGCUUGGAUCGUCGGCUACUAGAGAAAGAGGAAGUCAGGGAAUUGAUAGUGACGACUUGGAAUCACUCCCUUCGAGAAUCAAACCUGACCAAAAUCAACAGGUGCCGUAGGCCCAUAAUCCAGUGGACAAAAGAGCAGAAUGCCAAUAGCCUUAAACUAAUUAAAGUAACUCAGGAAGCUCUUGAGAAAGCCUUCUCGGAUGCAGUUCCUGAUACUCUCCUCAUUGGCACCAUUAUGGCGGAAUUGGAAAAACAUUACAGAGACGAGGAGCUCUUCUGGAAACAACGUAGCCGAAUCCAAUGGUUCAAAAAUGGGGACCGCAACUCAGGCUACAUUCAUGCUGCAACUAGGGGAAAAAGAGCACGGAAAACGGUAAUAGAAGACAGUAAUGGGAAUGUAGCAUAUGACGAGGGGUAG